GCAGUUGGUAGGAAGAGUUUGCAGGCAACCCAUGUAAGUUCUUCAUCAAUAUAAUGUAAUGUACUUAGUGUAGGAAUAAUUUAGCUUGCAUGUUGUACUGUACUGUUCUCUCUACCCUGUACAGUGUACACUGUACUUUCUACUAAGUAUCCUAGACUCAGAAUUAAAGAAAAUAGUGAAGUGAUUGUGACAUCAAAAAAAUCAGCAUAUAUCAAUUCGCCCAAUCAAAAUAAUAACUCCUAUAAAACCGUGAAUUCCUAAAAAACUUCGAUUUAAAGUGAACUCCCUGAAAAUGAACGAAGACUGAAGAUUUUUCUGAAUAUGUGCUCAAGCUGAAAAUGAGUCAAAGUCAGGCUGACGAAGCAUUUCUCUCCGUUCGGAUUGUUGUUCUUGAUCACUACCAGGGUGAACCUGUGUCUGGACUGGACCCUCUCUACUCGGAUCGAGGUUAUGAAGUACGUCGUGUUCCUGUACUCAGGGUGUUCGGCUCCACACCAGCAGGACAGAAGACGACUUUGCAUAUCCACGGUAUAUUCCCGUAUCUUUAUGUACCUUGGCCUGAGAAGGAGAAGGAAGGGUUUACAUACAGGUUAGCAUCAGCUUUGGAUAAAGCGAUAAAUACCUCAUUAAAUCAGUCAAAGGCUGAUAUCCAGCACGUGUACAAGGCCGUUAAGGUCUCUGGAAGGCCUUUUUAUGGAUAUCAUCCAAGACAACACACCUUCGUUAAGAUCUACUUCUACAGCUACUCCAUGCUGAAACGUGGAUCUGAUCUACUCAAUGCUGGAGUUAUACUGGGAGAGGUAUUCCAGCCUCAUGAGAGUCAUGUUCCUCCUGAACUACAGUUCAUGAUGGAUUAUAAUCUACAGGGGAUGAAUCUUAUACAUCUCAAGCAUGUCAUGUUUAGACAGGGUGCGCUCCAUGAUGAAUAUGAUGAUAUCGAACCGUUCUUCGACGUGAAAAGACGCAACCCCGGAGAUAACUUUAAUGAAACGUUUACAUCUCCUCACACUAAGUUCCAGAGGGAACCAGCUGAGUCGAGGUACUUCUAUCCAGAUACAGUUCCAGAUAUACUUAAACUACCUACUUCUUUAGCAAGGAUAUCCAAUUCUGAGCUUGAAGUGGAUACUGUUGCAAUGGAUAUCUUAAACACCAAUGAUCUGGGAGCAAAUACAAUGAACCCCGGACUCAAGGCUCUAUGGGAUGAUGAGAGAAUUCGGCGGAAUAUAUUAAAUAUAGAUGAUCCCCUGACCCCCCCUGGAUCUCCUCCUCGUCCCCCUUCAGCUUAUCUCAGCUCGGACUCGGAGAAGUUCUGGAUGGAGAGGUUCGACACCAUGCUGGAGGAGAAGACACGCAGGGAGGAAGGAGAUGACUUUUUGGAAGAAGACUCCUCUGAUCCUGAUGCUACAAUAAACAUUCACAAAUUAUUCAAAGGAUCGCAGGGGUCAAGUGUGUACGCCGGAGAAACCUCUGACUCUGACCUGUCUAUCCUACCUGGAGCAACCCAGCUGGAACAUCAUGUUCCAACCCUCUCCAUGUCCAUCCUAAACCAGUCCCAGUCCUUCAUUGGGACUCCGACCAGGAGCAGUCAGCUCUCCCAGACUGUGUAUAGCGAGCUGGAUGAAUCCCAAUGUUAUCUUGAUGAAACGCUUCAGGACGAAGAAGAUUCGAAUGAGAGUGAUGAUGAGCUAGUUGAUCUUCUGGCAAAUUUGGUAGCUAAUCCACCAGCUUCUCAACAAUCUUCUCAUUCUAGUUCUCAAUCCUCAGCACAAACUGAAGAAAAAGUUCUUAGCAGUCAAGAAUUAUUUGACGAAAAUAUGUUCGCUUCUCCACAAGAGGAAGAAAAGAAGGAGACAACUGAACAUCCUUUGUCACCAAAUCAAUCAGAUCUAAGUUUUCAAGGCAGUAUCAUACCUGGUUCACCAACAUCGCCAAUAAUUAUAAACCGAGCAAAAAGAUCGUCACAAAAGAAUGCAUUAUCUCAAACCAUUGCAUCAUCCCAAGACAUGGCUUUAUCUCAACAUAGUGUCUUAUCCCAACAUCGUAUUUCAUCCCAACCAAAUGUUUUAUCCCAAUCAAAUGUUACAUCCCGGGAAACUUUGUUCCCCCAAUCUCUUGAUAUCUCAGACAGAGAAGAUCUUAUUGAAGAUUUUGAUGAUGACGAACUCAAUGAGAGUCUAGUGAUGUCUCAAGCUGUCUGGGACUCAGAUCCCUUCUCGGAGUCAGUUCAGGGACUUGACUCGUCCUUGUGGGGGGAUGAUGAUGGAGAGGAUGAAAUCCUACGGACCUUGGAUGAUACUUGUGAUAAAUAGAAUAAUUUUAUAUUUUCAGAA